GGUGGUGUAAUGCUAGUCAGUUCAGAGCACUCUGAGGGCCUUAUUUCUCGCUAUAGUUCUCUGGCUGAAAAGGAAAAUCACCAACUUAUCCCAAUUGAGUUUGGAACCUUAAAUCAACUCAGGAACCUCGUUCAUCUUGUAUCUACUGGAGAGAUUGAACCUCCACCCCACACAAUUUUCUCUGCUGACCGUGCAAACGAAGCCUUAGCUAAGAUUGGUCGUGGACUCAUUCCUGGAAGGGCAAUUUUAGAGUUUCCUGAGGAUGAUGAGGAUGAAGAAGAAUAAAUAACAUGGGAAGAUACUGACAGUAUUCAGCGAAGUGAAGAAAAUAUACUGAAGCAGUACUACCAGCUCUUCAGCUUUAUAUUUCCAAGGGAUUGUGUGUCUCCAUGAAAAUUUCAACUGCAUUUGCAUGGAGACUGAGAUAUAACCCUAAGGAAAGAAACAGAAUAAAGAGCAAAAAUCACUUUAUAUUUUUUAGAAUAUUUGAUCAUAGAAUAUAGAACAAAAUAAACUUGAAUCAUCCAAUGGUGAGUUAAAGAUAGCUGUAAUCCUCUUAUUAAGGAAAUUCAAAUAGGAACUGCAAGAGCAUCAUUUUAUAAUCAAAGCAGCAGGUAAAAUGAGCAAGUUAUAGAUGCAACAUCGGUAAUCCGGUCAGUACUAGAACAGGAGUUAUUCCUUCAGGCAUAUAGCCUCAUAAGUGGCUGUUCUUCCUUUUGAUGUUGUCUUCAAUUGCAGCUAAGUAUUUACCACAUUGUAACAAAGUAAAAAAAAAAAAAGUGUAGAGUGAUAUAGAAGGCACGUGUUCUAUAUAGAUGUACUGUAUGUACAGUAUUAGAAAUUAUGAUUUUGCACAACAAUAUAAUCUUUGCUUUACCAUGGACAAGGAUUUUUGUUUCAUAUAUUUUAUAAUCAAAAUUCAAGGUUUAUGUCUACAGUGAAACCUCUUUAUCAAGGAGUAGUUUGAGAAGAAUUCAAAACACUUUAGGGUUGCUUUACAAUAAAGUAUCUCUUGGCUGAAAAAAUGCUCCAAUAAGAGAGGGCAUGUUCCUUUCAGUUUUAUUCAUAUCAUUUUUUAAAUGGUGAUUAAGAAAUGUUAUAUGAAUGAUGUAGUUCAUACAACAUAUAUAUUUACAAGUGUCGUUUUUUUCAUUUUCAAGUAAUGAGUACUUGAAAAUGCAUGUGCAGUCAUCCCUACUCCAUUAAUGUUUUACUCUAAUACAUGGGACGUUUCACAAUAUAAGGUUGCAUUUGAGGAAUAGGUGCUCCAAAGAGGUUUUAUUGUAAUAUUUCAUUGUUGAAUGAUGUGCAGGUGUAGUUAAGGCUGUGAUAGGAAUGUGCAUCAUUCUGUCAAGAAAGAUAGCAGAGAUUACCUGUUUUGUGUGUCACCUUGAUGUCAGUAUACUUGCUGCUCCUGUCUUAAGACAUGUGUCCCAUAAUGUUGCACCUUUUUACAAAUAACAUUAAAGACCUCAGCAAGCAAUGUCUGUAAAAAGGUAUAUUGGUAAAUGAACUGAAUAAAUUGUAUUACACAUAAAACAUGUAUAAUA